UGCUCGAUAGUAGACGCUCACCACCACAUCUGACGUCAGUGUGUUGGCAUGAAGCGGUGAAGAGUGACCUAACUGACCCGCGAACCGCACGCGCGCACUUUCAGCAACCUAGUGCCUAAGAAGUCCGGACUUUCGGACACGUGAUCUAGACCACCUGCUGUGGAUGGUGCAGGAUGUCCAUGUGUAUCACCGAACCAAGUCGAGCAGGACGAGUUGUAGGCUCGAUCGAUGCUGUCUGAGUCGGCUGGAGCAGGAAGCUCGUCACUAGUUUGGCCGCAAGCCCGACGGCUUCCAGGCCGGAGAGACUCAAACAGGUAAGGGGAAGUGACACGGUGAUAGUGACAGUGAGACUCGGUGCUUGCAAGGAGUUGGCCUUCCGAACAGGUUGUACGCAGCUUGGAUAGGUUGCGCAUUCCUGACGUACUUCAGCCCGGAGAGUGCCCUCAACGCCCAGAACGCUCUGCAUGAGAAACACACGUUGCCAGGGGGACUGACCGCAGCGCCAUCUCGCUGGCGACUCGGGCCGGUUCUGUCCCAACACAGGCCUUCACAAAUGGUGGUUUUGUGAUGAACCGCCCCAUCCAAGUGAAACCAGCGGACAGUGAAAACCGCGGAGAUCGAAAGCUGUUCGUGGGUAUGCUCAGUAAGCAACAAACCGAAGAAGAUGUCAGACAAUUAUUCGCGCCUUUUGGAACUAUAGAAGAGUGCACGAUUCUUCGGGGACCCGACGGAGCUAGCAAAGGUUGCGCUUUCGUGAAAUACAGUUCGCAUCAGGAAGCGCAGGCGGCCAUUAAUAGCUUACACGGGAGCCAAACUAUGCCGGGAGCUUCUUCCAGCUUAGUAGUGAAAUUUGCCGAUACUGAAAAGGAACGACAACUCAGACGCAUGCAGCAGAUGGCCGGAAACAUGAGUCUUCUCAACCCCUUCGUGUUCAACCAGUUCGGAGCUUACGGAGCUUACGCACAGCAUUCUUUGGACUUUCAGCAACAGGCGGCUUUGAUGGCAGCCGCGACAGCACAAGGAACUUACAUAAACCCGAUGGCAGCCCUUGCCACGCAAAUCCCGCACGCGACCCUCAACGGAAUGGCGAAUUCGGUCGUUCCGCCGACUUCAGAUGUUGGCGUAGGUGCUGGGUCCGGGCAGCCGGUGAACGGCGCCAUCCCCAGCCUGCCGUCGCCCACCAUGCCCACCUUCAACAUGGCGGCGCAGACCCCCAACGGCCAGCCCGGGGGCACAGAGGCCGUCUACACGAACGGCAUCCCCCAGACGUAUCCAGCUCAUGCGCUACAUCUGUCCAUUCCAGCGCAAGGAUUGCCUAAUGGAGAAGCGGCGCUACAGCACGCAGCGUAUCCAGGGAUGCAACCAUAUCCAGGAGUCGCUUACCCCGCGGUUUAUGGCCAAUUCCCACAGGCCAUUCCCCAACCUAUGUCAGCAGUUGCUCCUGCACAGAGGGAAGGCUGCUCUAUUUCCGGACCUGAAGGCUGCAAUUUGUUUAUCUACCAUUUACCUCAAGAAUUCGGUGACGCUGAACUGAUGCAAAUGUUCCUGCCCUUCGGAAAUGUCAUCAGCUCAAAAGUGUUCAUUGACCGUGCCACUAACCAGAGCAAAUGUUUCGGGUUCGUGUCCUUCGACAACCCGGCAAGCGCUCAAGCAGCCAUCCAAGCUAUGAACGGCUUCCAGAUCGGCAUGAAGCGACUCAAAGUGCAGCUGAAGAGGCCCAAGGACGCCAACAGGCCGUACUAACCUUGGCCCUCAGAUCUCUUGGCGCUCGUAGCGCCCUCAGCCACUAGUAUACUAGACGACACUUUAUAUAAGCACAUAGAAUAUUGUAACUUAUAUAUAUAAAAAAAAAUAAAACUAAAAGAGCAUGCCUGGCACACACUCCGAGCACACGCUGCAGUCCGGCUGCGCCCCCGCCCCUCAUUUCGAGAAAUUCCAAAUGGGCUGUGAUUAAAUAACAAAUCAGUGUUUGAUUGUACAGGCCGUUUUGUCUUCUCGUUCGUGAAAUGUAUUACUAUUUUGAGACGUCGUCUACUCUUAUUUGUUGUACUUAUGUGUGUUAAUCUGUAAGAAAAAGGGCCGGGGGCGGCAGCCCCUGCCCAGUUGCCAAAUUUCGGUCAGGCAUGCCUUCUGUGAUGCUACUGCUAGUCACAGCUCGGCUCGGAGUCGCUCUGGGGGCACACGGUACCAUGUCCCCCUUCUGACUGCAAGGAGCCACGACAUAUUUAUAUAUUUAACAAUACUAUUACUAAAACAAAAGGAAAAUAGUGUAAUAUUUCUACUAAAGUUAAGUAACAUAAUCCUUACAAAGUACCAACUAUAUAUUAAUCUGUAAAUUACUAGGGGGUAGCGAUAGGAUAGCCAAAAGGGUGGUCGUGAUACCAUGAAGGUAUAGUCAUUAUCGAUUUUAGAACAAUACGUUCGCAAUUUAUGAAUUUUAUCUAAUGUAUAAGUUUAUAUAUCAAAAUGCAAAUUGUGCGUUUUCGCCAAAUAGUUGUUGAAGAGUUAGUUGACGCUUUGCGGGGCCCGCGGGCCCCAAGGCAGGCCGGGAGAACAGAGUGGAGGGGCACUCGGCUGAGCCACUCUAGUCAAAUUAUCCAGCCAAAAUCGGCUGCGGAUUCUAGUUAAUAUGAUUAGAAUUAAUUUAGUCCUAAGACAUAUAUUUAGUAAAAAAAAACAUAUAUACUAUUUAUUGAAUCUAACGUAUUUAGAUAUACAAGGAAGAUUUUUUUAUUUGUUCAUUUCGGCUGAGAUAAUAUCGUGCAAUAUUAACAGAACGACUGAUACACAUUAUUUUUUCUACCGAUUCGGUUUUCUUCUUCUUCUCUGUGGUUUUGAAACGAAACAGCUUUAAGUUUUGUCGAUUUUUUCGGUUUGGUUUUUAAGUAGUUGUAGUGCAUUCCACGCUUGCUAAUGACAUUCCUUCAGCGCUGGAAGUAAAUAUACUUAAGUACUAACCACGGGGGGGUGGCAGCUCCCGAUUAUAACGAGACACCACACCACCAAACAGACACACUCGAACUCAAACGAAAAGUUCAAACGUGAAACAAACAUCAAGAAAAAAAUUCACUCAAAAAACAAUAUUUUAGAUUUACUCAUUUCUUAAUCAAAAUUUUACAAUCCAAGAGUAAGGGAAGGAGAGAGACAUAAGGUUGAGUUGAGUUCAAACGAAUGUAUGUUCAAAUUAAGAAAAAAUUAAAGUUAAUUUUUAAAUAAAAUAAUUUCUUUAACACGGAUCUUGCCCCAAAAUCAAACCAGUUUAAGUCAGUUAAGGUUCAAGUAGAGAAAAUUUAUUCUUUGAAACACAUUUAAUUUGUGGUUUUUUGAUUUACAUAUAAAACUCCGUGAAAAAAUUAAUUUUUUUAAUAUAGAAUUUUUAUAAAUUAAUAUAAACUAUCUCUUUGUCAUGUUUUUAUUGUGAUAUUAUUUAAAAGUUUUUUAGAACUUUUACGAUUUUUAAAACGAAAUGUUCGAAAAUUUGAAGUGAAUGGUUAACCAUUUUUCUUACUUUAAGUUUUUUUUUUUUUUAUAAACAUAACAGUUUUAGACUUCAAGAUCUAAAUUUUUUCUUAUAUAAUUCUACAAAGUAACAGAUUGUUUCAACAAUUUUCAAGAUUUUGUUUUUGAAAAAGUGUUAGACGUUUUACGUAAAUUGUUAUAUUUUAUUCAAUAAGUACUUUUUUCUCCAUGCAUGUAAUUUUUUUGGAUAAAAUGUGUCGUAACAAAUACAAGUGUCUUAGAGGCCAUUAAAUGUCUUGUCAUUCUAACAUAAAUGAUGUUUAAAUGAUGUAUUGUGCAAAAAAAAUGAAAAACACCGCUAACAGCAAAAUAUAAUAUAAUUAAUAAAAAAAUGUGUUAGCAACAUUUUUUUAAGUAUUUUCUGCCCAGAACACUAUUUAAUCAUCGUGGGUUUUAAAAUAACACGCAAAUCAUUAAAUUUUGGUUAAUAUUUUUAUAUUUUUAAUUAAUUAAUGCUUGCACUGGAUCCGGCUCGGAGGACCAUUUUAUGUUGGGUAUUUUGCAGUUUUGGUCGAGAAUUACAACGCACUUGUAUUUUUACUGUGUAUUGGCUAAAUAACAGUAUUCUGAAAAAAAUCAUGUGCAUAGGAAAAAAACUAUAUUCAUUGAAAUCAUAGAUUAUUAUUAUUAGUUGAUUAAUAUAUGGAUAUUUUUAAUUAAUUAAUGCUUUCACUAAAUCCGGCUCGAAGGACCAUUUUAUGUUGAGAAUUUUGCAGCUUUGAUUGAGAAUUAAAACGCACUUGUCUUUUAUCAUCUGUAUUAGCUAAAAAACAGUAUUCUGAAAAAAAUCAUGUGCAUAGAAAAAAAAAUACAGUAUUCAUUGAAACCACAGAUUAUUCUUAUAAGUUUAUUAAUUUUUCGAUAAUUCAAUUAACUAAUGCUUUCGCUGGAUCCGGCUCAAAGGACCAUUUUGUGUCGGAUAUUCUGGUCUUUGGUCGAGAAUUAUAACGUAUUUGUUCUUCUACUACAUGUAACUAAAUAACAGUAUUCUGAAAAAAAAUAUAUGCAUAGGAAAAAACACAUUUAUUGAAAUCACAGAUCAUUAUUAUUAAUUGAUUAAUAUUUUUACAUUUUUAAUUAAUUAAUGCUUUUGCUGGAUCCGGCUCGAAGGACCAUUUUGUGUUGGGUAUUUUGCAGCUUUGGUCAAGAAUUGAAAAAAACGCACUUAUACCAGUAUUCUGAAAAAAAUCAUAUGCAUAGGAAAAAAAAUACAAUAUUUAUUGAAACCACAUUAUUAUUAUUCGUUGAUUAAUAUUUGGACAUUUUUAAUUAAUUAAUGCUUUUGCUGGAUCCGGCUCGAAGGACCAUUUUGUGUUGGGUAUUUUGCAGCUUUGGUCAAGAAUUGAAAAAAACGCACUUAUACCAGUAUUCUGAAAAAAAUCAUAUGCAUAGGAAAAAAAAUACAAUAUUUAUUGAAACCACAUUAUUAUUAUUCGUUGAUUAAUAUUUGGAAAUUUUUAAUUAAUUAAUGCUUUUGCUGGAUCCGGCUCGAAGGACCAUUUUGUGUUGGGUAUUUUGCAGCUUUGGUCAAGAAUUGAAAAAAACGCACUUAUACCAGUAUUCUGAAAAAAAUCAUAUGCAUAGGAAAAAAAAUACAAUAUUUAUUGAAACCACAUUAUUAUUAUUCGUUGAUUAAUAUUUGGAAAUUUUUAAUUAAUUAAUGCUUUUGCUGGAUCCGGCUCGAAGGACCAUUUUGUGUUGGGUAUUUUGCAGCUUUGGUCAAGAAUUGAAAAAAACGCACUUAUACCAGUAUUCUGAAAAAAAUCAUAUGCAUAGGAAAAAAAAUACAAUAUUUAUUGAAACCACAUUAUUAUUAUUUGUUGAUUAAUAUUUGGACAUUUUUAAUUAAUUAAUGCUUUUGCUGGAUCCGGCUCGAAGAACCAUUUUGUGUUAGGUAUUUUGCAGCUUUGGUCAAGAAUUGAAAAAAACGCACUUAUACCCGUAUUCUGAAAAAAAUCAUAUGCAUAGGAAAAAAAAUACAAUAUUUAUUGAAACCACAGAUUAUUAUUAUUCGUUGAUUAAUAUUUAGACAUUUUUAAUUAAUUAAUGCUUUUGCUGGAUCCGGCUCGAAGGACCAUUUUAUGUUGGGUAUUUUGCAGCUUUAACCUUAAAACUUUUUUUUCAAAUACUUUUUUAAUUGCUGCAGUUUGAAACUUAAAAAUUCGUGAAUUUGUUGUUUAGUUGUUUGAUAAAUUUGUUGCUCCAUCUGAAUCUAAUCGGAUAUGCAAAUAGCAGGCUCAAACGAUUAUAAACCUCAGUCUGUUAUUCGCUGUAUAUUGGACAAAUAAGAAAAUUUCCGAUGUGAAAAACUUUUUUCUGGUGGUUGCUUUGGCGCGGUUUGUGCCCGCUUUUUGCUGGUUUUGAUUGUUGGUGGCAAAAAGUGUGCAAGAAUAAUUCGAGUGGUGUUAGAUUGGGUGGUGUCGGCUCUGAACUGUCUAGUCUAAUUGAAGAAUAUGGUCUCCCCAAUCAGGCAAGAGCGGAUAAUAAUCAAUCUCUAAACGCAGCGAAGUGAUUCUAGGAUACAGGGUAUGUUUUUGCAAUUAUUUGUGUAACUGUUUCUCAUCGUGAGAGGGCGGUCAUCGUGUUUCUAUUAGUAUAUGUAUUCAUAGUUCCGCGUCAGCAGCGGAUGUGUAAAUCCGCACCCUCGCUAUCAAGCCAUUUCAUCCCAUGCUGUAUAUAUAUAUUGGGGUCCAUUCGAUUGCACCAUUUUAUACAAAAAGUAUGGUCCUUUAUGGUACCUGUCGAUCAGGAUUCCGACAAUCGCAUCGCCUGAUGUUAUCGAACUGAACUCUACCACGAAUGGUCAAAUUUAAACGGAGAGAUUGGUUUGAGAGGCAAGCUUCAAAAUUGUACGAUCCAUUAGCCAAGUCGCCAAUUUGUGAAUAAAUUUAGAGAAAAACACGUUGAUUGUUUGUUAUAAUAGAGUGUAAAUAACAAUUAUAAAUAUGGGAUAAAAAAUGAGAAAACAAAGUAUAUUUUUCUACUUUAACGCAAUUUAUAGUAUAAAUUGAGUAAGUUAGCCCGUCUGAGCGCGGGUACAUAUCUCUUUGCCAAAAUUUCGUUUCGUUCGAUGUUGUGUGUAUAUAACCGACGAGGUCGAAUUGGUCCAAUGGGUCUGACAAAAAUUGAUCACACUGACCAACAACAAAAUAUACUCCUUUAGGCGACGAAAUAUUUUACAUUUUUUGGACGCGAAUUUAAAACCCUUUUUAGUUUUUGGAAAAAAUCGUCUUUUAGUGUUUCAACCACUUUUCUAUUCAAAAGAAGUCAAAAGUACAGUCACGAUCAAAAAGAAUGACACCCCUAAAACCGCAGCCACAAAUCUUAUCGAAAUGAUUUGUUAAAAUUUGCUAUCGGGCCCGGUUGACAAGGCUGUCAUUCUUUUUGAUGGUGACUGUACGUUAAUUAACUAAAAUUAUGUUUCAGUUUACAUUGUACAAUGUGUUUGUAAAUGAUUAAAUAAUUCUCAUCUAGUUAACUUUGAAAUUGGUUUACAUCUGUCUGUCAUUAAUUCUGAAAAGCGGCAAUUUUGAAUUAACAUGAAAAAUUCACAGACGACUAGAUGACAAUCAUUUAAAAACACAUUGUAUAAUUGAAAAACAAAAUAUUUUCAAAAAAUUCUCUUUAAAAAGUUAAAAAAUCGUAAUUAUUUCCGUUAUUAUUCUCUCAAAUAUUAAAUUAAGGAAGAAACCUCAGAGAAAAUUGCUGUACAAAGUUAGAGACAUCUUUUCAAAAAUUAUUGGAAAUCCUGAGAAAAUCUAGGGAAAUCUGGGGAAAUCAUGAUUAAAUCAAAGGAUUUUUGGAGAAGUCAGGUGUACAAAAUUUGCGCGGUUUAUUCCUUGGUUUAAGCAUAUUUUUGAGUUAAAAACUCGCCAACCAAAUAACCGAGUUAUCACUGAAAAUCUAUAAUAGCAUUGCUUUUGCCAUUUUCGAGACAUUUAGUAAUUUUUUAAUCCAACAAUUCAAUUAUUUUGCAUAAAUUAACUAAAUCAAGUUAAGAUAUUACAAAGGAGGGCUAAAAAUGUUUUUUUUGUUAGGUUUAUCUUGUUCUUGAAUAAAAAUUCAUUCACACAAAUUUUGACAAAAUUACUUGAAAUAUGUUCCAAAUUAAAUGUUUUUGGCCUCUUUACAUUGAUUUUAGUCAAUUAUUUUAGUCAACUACGUCAAAAUUUCUAUAUCAAAAACGUUACUUUAGCCUUAAGCAAUGUUUUUGUCGGUUUUUAAGUAGAAACACUCACUCACUUUUUUCCAUAAAUUGUUAAAUUAAUUAACGAUAAAUUGGCAAUAUUUCGAUCUUUUUUAAUUUUUAAAAUUUCGUCAAAACGUUGAAAAAUUACCUAAUUACAUCAAAAAUUCUGCCUUGAGCAAUGUUUUUGUCAAUUUUUAGUUGAAAACACUCACUUACUUUUUUGCAUUAAUUGUUAAAUUAAUUAAUGAUAAAUUGGCAUUAUUUCGAUCUUUUUUAAUUUUUCAAAAUUUCGUCAAAACAUCAAAAAAUAACCUAACUACGUCAAAAUUUCUUACAAAUACGUUACUUUAGCCUUGAGCAAUAUUUUUGUCGGUUUUUAGUUGGAAACACUCACUCACUUCUGACCUGACCUAACCUGACUUGACCUGACCUGACCUGUAUUGGACCUUUUAGGGGUCGAUUUUUUUUUCGAAAUUUUGUCAAAAAUGACGAUGUUAUAUCUAAAUUGAUGGUUUUUUGCCCAGUACAGAAUGAUUUUGUUGAAAAAAAAAGCCAAAAAUUUUGAGCUUAGAGCUCAGUUAUUUGUCUUAAAAAAACGAAAGCUUUUUUCAGAUAUUUACUUAAUACACUUACUUAUUCUUAUUUUUAUGUUAAAAUAUCACUUAUAUCGCAUCGAUUGCUAGAACAGGCCAAAUAAAGUGAUCUUUUUCGUUAGAUUUCUCUUGUCUUUGAGCAGAAAAAAAAAUUUUCUCGAAAUUUUGGUCAAAAAUGACUAAUCCCUUUAGAGUUAUUUCAUUAAAACUCACUUAUUUAUUAAAAUAAUGUUCACAUUUAAGUCGGAAACUAUUAUUUUAAGAAUUUGUAUCAAAAAAAAAAAACAAAAAAGAACGAAAGCGCCACUACUUUUGCCGUUUUCUAGAAUUGUAUCACAUUUUUCAGCCAAAAGUCAUCUAUUUCGCAUAAAAUAGCGUUGUUUUGUGUGAUUUAGAUGUACCUGGGCAAAGUACUUGUAGAUAUGAUGUUUUCUAGGCUGUUUAAGAGUGAAUUAGCUCAGUUUAUAAGCGACAAACUCAAUUUUUUCACAAAAUUUCGUGAAAAGAUUCCGCAAAAGUACUAAACAAUGUCGAAAAUUAUGUCAUUUUGAGCUAACAAGUUGCUUAUCGUCCUGAGUUUCGUCUAAUAAAUUUUCAAUGAAGGUCGAAAAGAAAGUUAUUUUGAUCUGUUUCAUAUUAUAAAUGAGAAACUAUUUUUUUCUUUGAAAAUUUUAUUGGUACGAUAUGCAUUACAUAUUUUUCGACUGGAAGAAUAAAAAAAAUAUAAAUAAACUUUUGCCUUCUUCGUGGAAGAGGAAAGUGGUAAUAAAAAUACUCAAAAACAACUAAAGUGGACAUUUUUGACUCUGAGCGAUUUCAGAAUUGAAAUGCGAUUUUCUCAAAGUCGAAACGUGUUUUAGGUUCACAUUUAGCACUCAAAAAACGUGAAACUUUUUCGUCUAAUUGAGCAAAAAGUUUGUUGGUCAGUGCUAAUAUAAACCUAUGUAUGUAAAUACUAAUGAUAAUAAAUCGACAUUUCGUAUAAUUUGUACGUAACGCUAAAUCACAGAACUUGUUUCUAAGACGUAUAAUAAUUAAGAAUUAGAGGGCUGCUUGAUAGGAUAGCGGCAAACCGACUGUUUUAGAUCAUAUUCGUGCACCGGGCAUUGCUUUUCGAUGCCCGACUUAAGACCAUGUCCCAUUUGAUUCUGUGAUACAAGAAUAUCUGUGUAAAUGUUCCAUGUUAAAUUUGACCGUGGCCGCGAACAGCAGGAUGCGAUUGUCGGGAUCUGGUGGUCCAUUUUUAUAUUUUAGAUGCUAAAAGAUCAACAGGCGCGCGCUUCAUCAUGGAAUCAUUUUCUUUUCCGUUCUAGUCUAGCCCACGCAUCCACUCAUCAUCAUAUAUUUUAGCUACGAGUAGAGUAGGGAGUAGGUUCUAGUCAUAAUUUAUAACGUGUAUGGCAUUUAUUACAAAAUUAAGGUUGAGCUUAUGGAACCAAGGCGGUACUCUAACUCACUUUAGACGAGUUGAACUUGCAUAGUCUGAGAUCUUGCCAAUUUUCGAUUUGGUUGUUUGUUUGUUUGUUCGUUUUCACCCAACAUUUAUGCUGGGACCAAACGUUGUUUUAGCUUCGCCCAGUCUCGACAUAGUCUAGUCAAGUCUAGUUUUCGUUAUACAACGCCCACAACUUGCCAAAAUCCAAAAAAAUGAAAAUUAACAGAAAAAUGGGCUUUGGCGGCGGGUGGCGGUUGUAUGUUUGAUCAUUUGAUGAUGCAAUGUAAUAUAGCGUUAUUUAUUGCAAGUUACUUAUUUAUUGAUUUCUAGUCAUAGGUCUUAUUUAGGGUUUUGAACGGGGCCUGGCCCCGGACCUACGCUUGUAUACAGUAUUAUGCGGUCUGCAGGAGAAGGGUGCGAGUACCCGUUUAUCAUAUUCGGACGAAUCUCCAUCAAUUAUAUAAGAUAAUCCAAGCCAUACUCUGUUGCAUGUCAGUUUUAUUACAUUUUACACAAAAUUAUUAUAAAAUAAAAUUAUUACAUAAUAUUAUAUUAUUAUAUUAUAUAUAGUAGAUAAUUGAAUUAAUAUUUAUAACCUGCUAAACUUGUAAUACGAUAAUGUAAAAACAUAUGAGUAAAUUAGACAAUGAAUGCGUGAACUUUCUAUCCAUGUAUGAAAUUUAUCAUAUUUUAUUAUUUUUACACUGUCAAUUUUGCUGGUCUUUUGUAUUCCUUAUUACAGUACGACUAUUACUUUUACAAUGUAAUAACGUUUACUAUAUCAUCAGGAUAUACAUUGUAAUCUGUAAUUUUGACAUUAUGGGAAUUACAGUCCAAUAUUACGAGAAAUUCAUUAACAAACUAUCACAGACAUGACCGAGCGGCACUUAUAAUGCUCAAAAUUUUACAUAAUCUACUGACAUCCUUUUCCAGUCAUGUCUAUUUCUUAUUAUUAUUAUUACGAUUAUUAUUAUAUUACUAACUUGAAACCAAAUAAAUCCAACUCAAGACAAACCGGUUUACACUUAUAUAAAUAUAUGACUUUUAGUGCAGUAAAUGAGUUUACAUUGGUUUGGAUUUAUUUUGGGAAGCUAUCCAGUUCAUAUGAAACUUUAUAAAAGAAUUAUAAAUUAAUAAAGUUAAAUAUAAUGCAUAUCUAGA